UCAGAGGACGUCAGCACCUGGAUUCACCUGGAGCGAGCCUGCUUGUUGAGCUGCUUUUGGUUGCCGUUGUUUCCUCUGUUGGGUCCUUGCAGCCUGGACGUUCUGAGAGAGCUUGCUCUGUCUUACAGUACUGUAAGGCAGAAGUAAGUGGAGACUCUAAGAAACAGACAUCACUGUGGGGAGAACUGAGCAUAAGGAUGUUGUAUUCAUGGAGGGUGCUGCAACAUUGGUGCUUGGCCGUGUUCUUGCUGUGUUCUCCAGUGCCACAUUAUGGGAGGCCCAUCGAUGCCCUCAGCAACAGAAUUAAACGGUCAGUGACGCACGCCCAACUGAUGCACGACAAAGGCCGCACGCUGCAGGAAUUCAAGCGGCGCUUGUGGCUGCAGGAACUGCUGCAUGAAGUGCACACUGCCGACAUCCGUGAGGUGCAGCAAAGGGGCGGGGUCAGUGGUGGUGGGGGUGGCAUGGUGGGCAUACCUGUGGGCGUAGGCCUCAGCCUUGGUGACAGCAUGGGCCCAGGCACCGCCCACCCGAAGCCUGCAGGUGGCACCAAGAACUUACCGCUCAGCUUCGGUCCGGAGGAUGAGGAGGGCACAAACCUGCCUCAGGAGACCAACAAGUCACAGACAUUCAGGGACAGCGCACUGAAGGCCGGAGGCAAGAAGAAGAAGAAAGGCCGUGCAGGCAAGCGCAGGGAGGGCGAGAAGAGGAAGAGACGAGCCCGUUCGCUGGGCUGGGUGCCAGCGGCGGGCGAGGUGGGCAGUGGCUUUCACCUGGAAGGACGAACGUGGCUGCACUAGGACACUGUCAGGCUCUGACAACGAUCCAUGAGGACAUUUUAAAUGGACAUCUAAAAUGUUACAGUACUCACUGUAAUAGUGAUUGUUUGGAAAGUUAUAGGGACAUAUUUAUUGUUUGUAAAUAAUCUCAAUGCACCAGACUAGUGACAAACGAAUAAUAAAAGAUGGUAAUAAAACAUUAUUCAGUGCUCUGUGGGUCUACAGAUUUUUGUGAAUA